AUGUACGAAAUAACUUUGCCUGGUGACAUUCGCUCGGAUGAGGAACAGUUCCAGUGGCUUGACCUUCUACAUGGUUGCCUCCAAGAAGGUGACAUAGCGUUAGCAACUAAUGAUCUGAAGAACAUAUGCAAGAAUCCAAGGUGUAAGUCGCUCUAUGAGAAAACCAAGAAAGAGGCAAGACGUGAGGUUGAGCGACUACAGAGUGAAAAGAAGGACGAAAGAGCAAGGGCUGGGAAAGAGAAGCGCUCACUGGCAGCAGAAUUGACGAAGAAACUCGAGUCUAAGCAACAGCAUGUAGAAACUUUGGCAGAAACCGUAGGGGAGAAAGAGCGUAAUGAGACGACUCUAAGACAGCAAGUGGAAGAAUUAAAGCAAGCAAGAGAGGGAGACAGAGCAAGAGCUGAGAAAGAGAAGCGCUCACUGGCAGCAGAAAUGACGAAUAUUGUACAGGAGAAAGAGCGAAAUGAGACGACUCUAAGACAGCAAGUUGAAGAAUUAACGAAAGGACGAGAGGGAGACAGAGCAAGAAGUGAGAAAGAGAAGCGCUCAAUGACAGCAGAAAUGACGAAUAUUGUACAGGAGAAAGAGCGGAACGAGACGACUCUAAAACGACACGUUGCAGAAUUAACGAAAGGACGAGAGGAAGACAGAGCAAGAGGUGAGAAAGAGAAGCGCUCAAUGACAGCAGAAAUGACGAAUAUUGUACAGGAGAAAGAGCGGAACGAGACGACUCUAAAACGACACGUUGCAGAAUUAACGAAAGGACGAGAGGAAGACAGAGCAAGAGGUGAGAAAGAGAAGCGCUCACUAGCAGCAGAAAUGACGAAGAAACUCGAGUCUAAGCAACAGCAUGUAGAAACUUUGACAGAAACUGUAGGGGAGAAAGAGCAAAUUGAGACGACUCUAAGACAGCAAGUUGAAGAAUUAACGAAAGGACGAGAGGAAGACAGAACAAGAGGUGAGAAAGAGAAGCGCUCAUUGGCAGCAGAAAUGACGAAGAAACUCGAAUUUAAGCAACAAGGUGUAGACACUUUGACAGAAAUUGUACAGAAGAAAGAGCGAAACGUGACGACUCUAAGACAGCAAGUUGAAGAAUUAACGGAAGGAAGAGAGGGAGACAGAGCAAGAAGUGAGAAAGAGAAGCGCUCAAUGGCAACAGAAAUGACGAAGAAACUUGAGUCUAAGCAACAACGUAUAGACACUUUAACAGAAACCCUAGGGGAGAAAGAGCAGAAUGAGACGACACUAAGACAGCAAGUUGAAGAAUUAACGAAAGGACGAGAGGAAGACAGAGCAAGGGCUGUGAAAGAGAAGCGCUCACUGGCAGCGGAAAUGACGAAGAAACUCGAGUCUAAGCGACAGCAUGUAGAAACUUUGACAGAUAUCGUAGUGGAAAAGGGGGGAAAUGAGACGAUUCUAAAACAGCAAAUCGAAGAGUUAAAGAAAGGAAGAGAGGGAGACAGAGCGCGAUUUGAGAAGGAAAAACAGGAGCUUGAGUCUAAGGAAAAGUUUAUGGAGCAACUUGAGCGUGAGAACUGGAUGCUGAGAUCCAAGAUUCAACUAGAAAGUGAGAUACGAUCAGCAGAGCAGAAGGUGGUGACCUCCGGAAAACAAGCUCAAGGUGGCACAUCAUCAUCUGAGGAUAAUUCAACCGCAGGAAUGGGAAGCAGAGAUACUUUACAAGCAGGAGAGGAGCCCCCAGACGAUGAGUUUGCAAACAUCUCACAGAAGAUAGCUGACGACCUUUCCGACGAAGCCAAGAUUGAAAGCCUUGGUGGUCAUCUGGGAAUCAUACAGGGUGAUAUACAGAGAGCGCUCAAGACCAAUAUGAGGUUUACACAAGUUACCAGUGAUGGAACUCGUCAUAUGCUGAGACAAUGGAGAAGAAGUGUGUCCAGGGAAGACGAACGGAUGGAGCUCAGGAAGGCACUCCAUGCUGCCAAGUUGGUCAACAUUGCAGACCUGUAUCUCAGCAAAGGAGACAUGACUUCCAAGAACCAGGAGGACUUGACAGAUGGAAGUAAGGGUCAACAUCCUGACCAAUCACCGGAGCGCAGUACAGAUAACUUGGUUGCUUUUGACGUGACUUCUGAAGACGUGGCCUCUAAAUAA